UCAGACAACAAUUUAGCUAUAGAAAUUCAGUUAGUUCCGGUGUAAAACCCGCCACAUGAUGAUUAAAUUAUUAUUUAAUUUCAUACGGUAUUAACUAUGUACUAAUAAUACUAUGUGUGUUGUAUAUAAAAUAUAUUCAUGUGUGUGUUUUUGCUUAGGAAAGAAAUAGUAAAGAUAUAUUUCAACAACUAGCUGAAACCUGCGGAAAAACAAAAAAGAAACAACCAUGGCAAAUCAGAAUUCAGUAAUAUCCAACAACGCCAUGUUAGAUUCUGCUACUUUCCAUGUUGAAGCCAACAAAUAUGUCUCUGACUUUUUACUUGAGGAUGUUCCUCACUUGUCUGAUUACAUCCCUGAUCUUCCUACAUAUCCUGACCCAUUACAAGAUAAUCCUUCCUAUGCAGUUGUUAAACAGUAUUAUGUGAAUACAGAUGAUACCGUAGCGCAACAGAUAGUUGUACAUAAAAAUAGUCCAGGAGGGACACUUUUUCGGCGUGCCGGGCCUGCUCAGAAGGUAUAUUUUGAUUCAGAGGAAGUGUAUGCAUGUGUUGUUACAUGUGGUGGUCUUUGUCCUGGUCUAAAUACAGUGAUAAGAGAAUUAGUUUGUGGCUUAUACCAUAUGUAUGGAGUGCAAAAAGUUUUGGGAAUAGGGGGAGGAUAUAGAGGUUUUUACUCUAGAAAUACAAUUCCUUUAUCACCAAAGAUUGUGAAUGAUAUCCAUAAACGUGGUGGAACCAUUUUGGGGACAUCAUAUGGAGGCCAUGAUACAUCAAAGAUUGUUGACAGCAUUCAGGAUCGCGGCAUUAAUCAAGUUUAUAUACUUGGAGGAUUUGGAACUCAAAAUGAAGCUGCUAUGAUUUUUGAGGAAAUUAGAAAACGUGGCUUGAAAGUUGCAGUGGUUGGAAUUCCAAAGACUAUUGAUAAUGAUAUCCCUGUUAUUGACAAGUCAAUUGGUUUUGACACUGCUGUUGAAGAGGCGCAAAGAGCUAUUAAUUCUGCCCAUGUUGAAGCAGAGAGUGCUGAGAAUGGUAUUGGUGUUGUGAAGUUAAUGGGGCGUUGCAGUGGAUUUAUAGCCAUGUAUGCAACUCUUGCGAGCCGAGAUGUGGACUGUUGUUUGAUUCCAGAGUCACCCUUUUACCUUGACGGACCAGGCGGACUCUUAGAGUUCAUUGAGAAAAGACUGAGAGAACAAGGACACAUGGUCAUAGUAAUAGCUGAAGGUGCAGGUCAGGAGCUAAUUCCUAGUAAUGACACAUCUAAUAAGAAUAAGCCAGAUGCUUCUUCUGAUGACUUGUUUCAAGAUGUUGGUCUGUGGUUAUCUCAGAAAAUUAAGGAUCACUUUGCAAGAAAUACAAAAAAGACUAUAAAUCUGAAGUACAUUGAUCCUACUUACAUGAUCCGUGCUAUUCCAAGUAAUGCAUCUGAUAAUGUGUUUUGCACCCUACUUGCUCAAAGUGCCGUUCAUGGUGCAAUGGCUGGAUACACCGGCUUCACAGUUGGCCCAGUUAAUGGCAGAAAUUGUUACAUUCCAUUUCAUCUUAUAAAUGAGGGGCAGAAGAGAGUUGUGAUAACAGACCGGAUGUGGGCAAGGUUACUGUCCUCAACCCAUCAGCCCAGCUUUCUGAAUCCUCAACAUAUCACAGAAGAAGCAAUAGUAGAAUGAACAGAACACAUAACAUCGGAAGUAGAAGAAAGUGUGUUGAGUCCUAGCUAUAAAUUAUAAUAAUAGCCAUUAAAAUUGGCGAGUUACUUCAGCAAAUGUAAUGCUUGUAACAACUAAUUACAUAAUUGACACUAGACAACCAGAAUUAGAGAGAGAGAGAGAGAGAGAGAGAGAGAGACAGAGAGAGAGAGAGAGAGAUUUGCACAAUACUGGGAGCUUCUUUCAAUUGUCUUUAUCUACUGAAUACUACGUUAAUAAACUCCUUCAGAUUCUUGCAA